AUGGAGGCGGUAGCGGGUGGUGACGGCGAUGAUUGUUCGUACAUGGAGGAUGAGAUCAGCGGCGGGUGCAAACAUUUAGGAAGGAGAGGUUUUUUAGGACAUACCCAAUCUUACCCCCUGAGGCCGGAUCAAAUUGUCCUGGAAAACCACGAUUUUUCUAUUGUGCAUCACGUGCCUAAUCUUAUCUGCCAGGCCGAAAUCGUGGGAAACAAACGAUCGCAAGUCACAGCUCAUCAGGUCUCCAAGUCGCAGGUGCGUGCUCAGCUGGGGCACUGGCUGCGUCUUCAGGCACUAGGGCUACGUCCCGUAUGGCAAGGCACCAAUGACAUUGUUAUAGUCACUACGAUCAACUUGCACCUGCAAAUAAAGAACACAACUCCAAAACUCAUUCAUGAGACGAUUAGCCAUAAAAGUUCUAGCGAAUUCCACUGGGAAGAGAUUUCACCACCGCAUAUACUACACGAAGGUGAACAAUCUGCGCACAAUGAGAACAGUACCUGA